AUGGUUAGAUGUAGUGUCUUAGGAUGUAAAAGUGAUAGUGAACGUAAACUCACCGGUAUAUCAUUUCACUCAUUUCCCGAGAAUGAAACAAUUCGCAUGCGGUGGAUAGAUGCCACAGGCCGUAUAAAUUUUAAACCAAAAACUUUUUCAAAAAUAUGCAGCAAACAUUUUGACCCAAAUCUAUUGCUUAGAAAGAAUGUGAUGACUGUUCUAUUCACUAAUGCCGUUCCAUUUGUGGACCAGCAUCCACAAGUUCAAGAACACAAGGCGAUUAAUACCAAUGUUGCAGAAUCAAGUUCUAAUAUAAAAACUAGUCAGCUUUCUCAGGCUAAAGAACCUGAAACUACAAUGACUGCAGCUCCUGUUUAUGUUCUUAAGAACAUAGAUUGCAAUGUUAUGGCAUCAACUUCCAGAGCUAGAGAAACUGAAGUUACAAUGACUGCAGCUGCAGCUAAUACUAAUUUGAUGGCAUCGACUUCCAAAGGAACAUCACAAGACUACAGAUUUCGAGCAAUACAAAGUAAGCUGAAUCGCACUAUAAAACAAUCAGCGGAUAGAUUGAAGAAAAUUCGAGCGCUUCGUGAAAGAAGUAGGCGCUUGACGAAGAAAGUAGCGAACUUGGAGAAGGUACUACUUACCGACGGCAGCGCGGCUGUAAACUCUACAAAUUUUGCAGGGACGGGCGGGAUAUAUAAUUUAUUCAUUAAUAAAUAA